CUGUCCUCGUGCCACGUCAGCCUUAGCUAUGAAGUUUAAAAAAGGGCAUUAAUUGCUAAAAUUAACUCACCGUCACCGAUAUCAGUUGACGUCAUUACCUGCCGACAGGUGGACAGUUAUCCGCCGGGAAAGAACGACCAACAAUUCAACGCAGCAAAGCUUCCCACACUCCCCCGAACUGAUGGCUGGAUCUGGAAUUGCCACUCUGUAUCUCCUCACUUACAAUUCAAUCCAGGCCUUCGGAUGGGCAAUCGCACUCUUCAGAAUCCUGAGCAACUUCAGCGCUACUGGUUCCGUCGCCGGAGCUUAUGCCUCUGCCGGAGACCUUAUCUGCUUAUUGCAAAGCAUUGCGUUCUUGGAAGUCGUCCACGGAGCAUUAGGUCUUGUCCCAAGUGGCGUUUUGUACCCGUUUAUGCAAUGGGGAGGCCGAACCCACUUCGUUCUGGCCAUCGUCCGCAAGAUCGUUGAGGUUCAGGAGUUGCCAGCAGUUUUCAUAACCUUUACGGCUUGGAGCAUAGCUGAGUCUAUUAGGUAUUCACACUAUGCUCUGAACUGCAUAGGCAGCUGUCCAUCAUGGAUUGUGUACCUUAGGUAUACUGCGUUCAUUGUGCUGUAUCCUAUAGGCCUUUUCCCAGGCGAAAUCUGGCUCAUGUACCAAGCGCUUCCAUUUGUGAAGAAGAAGAACCUCUAUGCGAACUUUUUCGCUCCUCUUCCAUUCAAUUACUAUAACUUUCUCUGGGCUGUACUCCUGAGCUAUCCCUUCCUCUGGUUCAAUCUCUACCUCCAUAUGCUGAAACAACGCAGGUCAAAGCUCGGGAAGCAGAACAUCAAGAAGAAGAGGAACUAGUCGAGCUCGAAAAGCCAAUACACAUUCAAACUCCGCCACAUCUGUGUAUGAACUUGUCACUCAAAGAGAAUAUUGGUUUAGUUGACUCUUGAUUGAAUGAUGUAACAGCGAUAAUUACCCUUCACCUAGACCCCAUUUUUAAUACAGAAAAGCAAGGCUUCUGGGGCUGAUGAUUCGAUUAAACUUGAAAGCGAAUG